CCCUGGCAGACCAGUCACCAGACGAGAGGACAAGAAUUUCAGUUGGUGUUUGGUAUGCGUGAGGUGUAGGUCAGCGCCCAUUGGCUCCCGAUCAUUGGUAUUAAAAUCAUCAAUAAAUUGACAAAUCUUCGUAGUGCCGCACGCAGUGAGAGUUAUUUGAGUGUCCCCGAGAGUGAGCGCCAUGUAUAUUAUAACUGGCAGUCUGUAACAGGAAAAAGAGAGGCCCUGGCUAAAAUUAUAGAAUGGGAUUGUAGAUGCGCUUGCUGUGUUGGUGUUGGUGCUGGGGCGUCGUCUGCUUGUUUACAUAGGAAUCGGGGGCCUUACUUCUGUCGCUUGUGAUCGCCCUGUAGGGAAAAGGAAUUGGAUUUUCGCACCUCCUUCUCUGGAUAAAAAGACAAACGUGACUGUGGUUCUUGCGUGGAAAAGGUACAAACGACAUUCAUAAACCAACAUGGGAAAUAUUCACACUGUGGGACCGAACGAAGCCUUGGUGGUAUCAGGAGGCUGUUGUGGCGCCACAUCGAAGAAGACCAUCGUGGGAGGAUGGGCGUGGGCCUGGUGGUUCGUCACCGACGUGCAGCGGCUUUCGCUCGAGGUGAUCACGCUGAACCCUCGUUGCGAGAACGUGGAGACGUCCCUGGGUGUCCAGGUCACAGUGACGGGCGUGGCGCAGGUCAAAGUCAUGAAGGAGGAGAAGGUCCUGAAGAUUGCCUCCGAGCAGUUCCUCGGAAUGCCUGCCGAAGAGAUCAAGGGCACCAUCCUCAUGACCCUUGAGGGUCACCUGAGAGCCAUCCUUGCAACCUUGACUGUGGAAGAAGUAUACAGAGACAGAGAUCAGUUUGCAUCCUUGGUCCGAGAAGUGGCUGGAAUGGAUGUCGGGAGAAUGGGAAUUGAGAUUCUGUCCUUCACCAUUAAGGACGUGUAUGACCGAGUGGAUUACCUGUCCUCGCUUGGAAAGGCACAGACAGCAGCCGUGAAAAGGGAUGCUGAUAUUGGUGUAGCUCAGGCCAACAGGGACGCUGGUAUCCGGGAAGCUGAAGCCGAGACAGCUAUGGAUGUCAAGUACAACACCGACACAAAGAUCGAAGACAAUGCCAGACUUUACAAACUGCAGAAGGCUCAGUUUGACCAGCAGAUUAACACUGCUAAAGCAGAUGCCCAAUUAGCCUACGAAUUGCAAGCCGCAAAAACACGACAAAAGAUUCGAAGCGAAGAAAUUGCUAUUGAAGUUGUGGAAAGGAGAAAGCAGAUUGAGGUUGAAGAACAGGAAAUCAAACGCAAAGAGAAGGAGUUGAUUGCCACUGUUCGUCUCCCUGCAGAAGCCGAGAGUUACAGAGUGGAGACCAUUGCACAGGGUAGACGCACUCAGACUGUUGAGGCAGCUAGAGCUGAGGCCGAGAGGAUUAAGCGCAUUGGAGAAUCUGAAGCUUAUGCUGUUGAAGCUGUUGGUAGAGCGGAGGCAGAAAGCAUGAAACUCAAGGCCAAUGCCUACAAGCAGUACGGUGAAGCUGCAAUCAUGUCUAUGGUAUUGGAAAGCUUACCACAGAUUGCUGCUGAGGUUGCUGCUCCACUUGCAAAGACAGAGGAAAUAGUUAUGGUGGGCGGUGCAGAUUCCGUCACCAGUGCCCUCACUAAAAUGUGUGGCGAAUUACCACCAGCCGUCCAUGCCCUCACAGGAGUUGACCUGUCUAAGGUGCUAGGAAAGAUUCCCGGUGCAGCAAUUUCACCAUCUGCUGCCCCAAGAGUUGCUCCCACUGCCGUUUAGACUUAGUUUUUGUGACAUUGUUUUUUAUUAAGGUUAGAUGGAUUAUUUUCCUUCAUUUCUUUGUCGUAAUGUACAUUGAAUAUCAUACAGCUUGGCAAAAUUUUUAUUUCUUAGAGUUUUUUACUUUUAUCAGUUACUGUGGAUCUGAUUUUCAGUAUGCAUGAGAGGAGAAAAUACUCUUUAACUUCCCCCAUAACCAUUUUGUGUUAACAGUUUUCAGAGAAGUUUCAACUAUUGCAAGUAGUGAAACCACAUGCAUUGUACUAUCUAAUGUAUCUGAUGCCUUUGUUACUGUAUAAUCAUGGUAUACCAUGCGGAGAGAUUUGGGAUUGAAAAUGCAACUGGAUUCUUUUAUUGGACGCAAUUAUAGUCAUAAAAUACUGUAUAUCUAUACAGUGAAUUGCAUAUGGAGCAUCACCAUGCAGAUAUUAUUGAAAGAAGCUGCGUUGUUGUGAGAUUAUGAUUUGAGUUACUUGGCAAAGAUAAACGGAAUAAAUUUUUAUCAUUAUAUUU